AAUAUAAGUGUUGAUAAAGAAUAAAUGUUGAUAUAUUAAGUUGUAAAGACUCCGAUUUUAUGAAAUAUACUUCACUAAAUUAGUUUACAAGUGUCUAAAAUCCUAGAAUCAUGUCUGACCAAAAUAUUUUGGAUAAGUCUAUGAGAAGCGUUUUUGUUGGAAACAUUCCUUAUGAAGCCACAGAAGAAAAACUUAAAGAUAUAUUCAAUGAAGUAGGUCCUGUUAUAUCUUUUAAGCUAGUGUAUGAUAGAGAAACAGGAAAACCAAAGGGCUAUGGAUUUUGUGAGUACAAAGAUCAAGAAACUGCAUUAAGUGCUAUGCGUAACCUUAAUGGCUAUGAAAUUGGUGGCCGUACACUUCGAGUAGAUAAUGCUUGUACAGAAAAAUCAAGACUUGAAAUGCAAUCUUUAAUGAUGGGAAUGCCUACAUCAGAAAAUCAUUAUGGAGAAGCAGUUAGUGCAGAAAAAGCACCAGAACAUAUAAGUAGUGCAGUAGCAUCUUUGCCACCUGAACAAAUGUUUGAACUCAUGAAACAAAUGAAAGUUUGUAUACAGAAUAAUCCAGCAGAAGCUAGAAAUAUGUUGCUUCAAAAUCCACAACUUGGAUAUGCAUUACUACAAGCUCAAGUCAUUAUGAAAAUUGUGGAUCCACAAAUAGCUGUUAGUAUGUUACACUCAGCACAUAAAGUACCUCCACCAUUGAUACCAAAUACUACUGUUACAACAGCACCUGUCAAUACUGUACCACGAAUGCCAAUUAAUGAUGUGUGGACCCAACCAAAGCCUUCUGUACCAAAUAUUCAACAACAUUCUUUUCCUGUUGAGGAUAUGGAUCUAAGACAAAUGAAUCGUGUUCGAGUGAUGGAUCAAGAUUUAAGGCAACCUCCUCCACAGAUACCCAUUUCACAAUCAAUAUCUUCAAUGCCUAUUGAACCAAUUCCUUCACAAAAUAUUCCUAUUUCAAGAGAUCCACGAGCUGCAAAUAUGGACUCAGAUAUACGUCAAUUUACUAUAAGGGAUCCUAGAUCAAAUAAUAAUAUUGCCCCACCAGCAGUUAUAAUGCCACAAAUCCCUUCUCAACAAUUGCCAUCUUCACGACCACAACCCACUCAACAGCAAUCUAAACCAGCUUCUUCAACUGAUACUGAAAAGGCUGCAUUAAUUAUGCAAGUAUUACAAUUGACUGAUGAACAGAUUGCUAUGUUGCCAGCUGAACAACGUCAAAGUAUUUUGGUUUUAAAAGAGCAAAUAGCUAAAUCUGCUCAAAGAUAAUGUACUAAAAGAGUAUAAUUUAAUUAAAAUAUUGUAAUGUACUAUUAUAAAAUAAGUUAUACAGUAAAUUUUACUUUUCAAGUUUACCUACUAUUUUAUUUUAAUAAACAUUAGUUUUUCAAAUUA